AUGGCUAGCCUGCUGCCAUUGUACCCGGAGGGGGACGCACUAGCCCUCUACACGGAAAUGGAGGAGAAAGGUCAGAGAGACGUUGAUCAGAUCGAAGCCAGGCUGAAGGAGGCAUUUACGGACGACGCGUUUUCAGCCAGGCGCAGAUUGUGCUUUCUCCUCUCUACUCCGGCCUGCUCUCCUUUCUUUCUUAGUGUUGGUAAUAAAGUCCUCUGCCUCUCUUUAAUGAAGAUCGAGGCGGAGGCAUUUCCUCCACCUCCAUAUAGAGGUCCAGUUGAGGCAAAUUCUCCACCACUUGUUCAGCUGCUCCUUUCCUGGGGACGCCCCGCUUCUGCUGCUGUUUGGCGGCACCCUUGUCUGGGACGCCCCGCUUCUGCUGCUGUUUGGCGGCACCCUUGUCUGGGACGCUCCGCUUCUGCUGCUGUUUGGCGGCACCCUCCAUGCUUUGGCUGUCCCUUCAGUUGCCAGCAGGAUAUCCCAGAUGGCAUAAGGUCUUCGGGCCAAAACUUUUGUCCCAAUAUUUAA